AUGGAUAAGAAAUGCCCAAGUUGGUAAGAUAAAAAUUGAGGAAAAGCACCGAUAGUUUUUUUUCUGGUAUACUUGAUAACCCAUUGGGUUUUUUUUCCUGACAAAAAAACCAGGAAAAGGCCCUUCGUCAUUUUUGAUGGUAUAAAGCCAGGAUUUUUUCCCUUAUGACCCUUGGUAAGAUCUAUUCAGCAAUAAAGACAUAUCAAGUGAUAUUUUUGAGCUUCAUCAAGUCCACUGCGAAAGAUUCCUCACAAAAUGUGACGAGUGCAAAGAAAUGAUUCCAAAAGCAAAUUUAGAAAAUCAUAAAAAGGAGCUUCAUGCAAAGCUUAAAUGUUCAUAUUGUCAAAAACAAUUCGAAGAGAAAGAAAUAGGAAUACACAAAGCCAUAUGUGAAAACAGACCAAGACCCUGCUUGUUCUGUGGUGCAGUAAUGGAAUUAAAUGAAUUAAUCAAGCAUGAAGAGGAUUGCGGGAAUCGGACAGAUGAAUGUGAAGCUUGUGGAAAAUAUGUCACGAUUAAAAAUAUGCCUCAACAUCUUGUUGAGUGUUUCGAAGAGAUAGAAAAUAGAGCACCUUCAGUUAGAAAGCGGAAGAUGUCUGAAGAGAAAAAGCCAAAUAAAAAGCGACUAAGAAAAAAUAAAGGCUAA